AUGUCAAACACGCAAUCUUGGGUCUCUGUCUCCCCCAAAAGCCACUUCUCGCUGGCAAACAUCCCCUUCGGCAUCAUCUCCACAACCUCAGACCAGACUCACCGGCCCGCCAUCGCCAUUGGCGACCAUGCCCUCGACCUCAAGGCCUUUGCAAAGGCCGGCGGCUUCCACGCCCUGCCCUCCAUCCAAGACCACGUCUCCGUCUUCUCCUCAACCACACUAAACGACUUCGCCGCCCUAGGCCGCAAAGUCCACAGAGAAGUCCGCACAUAUCUGCAGUCCGUCCUCGCAGAAAACACCCCGCACGCAGGCCUCCUCAAAGACAACGCCGACCUGCGCAAGACGGCCCUGAUCCCCUUCUCCGAGAUCCAGAACCACCUGCCCCUCGCCAUUGGCGACUACACCGAUUUCUACGCCGGCAAGAACCACGCUUAUAACGUCGGCGUGCUCUUCCGCGGCCCGGAUAAUGCGCUGCAGCCAAACUACGUGCAUCUCCCAGUCGCGUACCAUGGUCGCGCGAGCAGCGUCGUCGUCUCCGGCACGCCCAUUCGCAGACCGUGGGGCCAGAUCCUCAAGGACCCCAAGGCCGAGCCCAAGGUGCCGACGCUCGCGCCGUGCCAGAGGCUCGAUAUUGAGCUGGAGAUGGGCAUGUUCCUCUGCCGGGAGAAUAAGCUUGGUGAGCCGGUACCCGUCGACCAGGCCGAGGAGCACAUCUUUGGCUACGUUCUCAUGAAUGAUUGGAGCGCUCGCGACAUCCAGGCGUGGGAGUAUGUUCCUCUGGGACCCUUUACCUCAAAGAACCUGGGCACGAGUAUCAGCCCGUGGGUUGUUCUUGCGGAUGCGUUGGACGGAGCCAAGACGGCUGGUAUCGAGAACAAGACGGAGUUGCAGCCCUACUUGCGCGAGAGCAAGAAGAACAACGUUCUAGGCGUCGACCUGGAAGUUGACAUUAUCACUGCGAGCGGAAACAAGACCACAAUCAGCCGCACCAACUCAAAGAACCUGCUCUGGUCCUGGCCGCAGAUGAUUGCCCACCACACAAUCACCGGCUGCAACCUGCGACCGGGCGAUCUGCUGGGAUCUGGCACGAUUUCUGGCACAGAGCCCGGCACCGAGGGAAGUAUCCUCGAGCAGACGCAGGGGGGCAAGCAGGCCGUGCAAUUGACCGGAGGCGAGGAGCGCAAGUUCCUACAGGAUGGCGAUACCCUCAUCAUCCGCGGCUGGAGUGGUCAGGAAGGCGCGUUGGUUGGAUUUGGUGAGGUUUCGGGCAAGAUUGAGGCUGCGCUGAAGCUCUUCUGA